AUGUCGAGCGUGCACCGCUUGCUCAUCGUCCUCGUCCUGCUCGUCCUCCCCUGCUCACGCCUUCCCACGGUCGCUGCCCGCACGGACAUCGCAGCGCAGCUCUACGGCAACGCGGCCAUCACGCGACCCGCUACUCCGUCCCGUCUCAACGCCGCGCUCGAAGACCUCGUGGGCUCCGUCGCGAACUUCACGCGGCUCCCGUUCAACGUCCAGCGCGCGUUACUAUGGAGCGCUGGCUGGGUCCAGAUCGUGUCGACGGCGCCGUUCGUUCAUUCGAACGCGAACUCCAUUUCGAAAGUCGUCUACGUCCAGGUCUACGUCCUCUGCGGCCGCACGAUGAGUGACGUGUUCCAGUCGUCGCAAGCGUUCGACGACACGAGCGCGUGUGAACUCAAGAACUGCAAGAGCAACGUCAUUAGCUACACGCUCUCGAGCUGUGACGCGCGCUAUGUCGAGUCCAAGACGCUGUGUGCCUUGAGCGGCGAAGAACUUGCAGCCAGUUUCGAGUCCAUGCCGGUCAAAGCCGGACCGCUGUGGUCCAUGGAUGGACAAGUGGAUGAUACGUUCGAGCCGCAGCUGUUUCAGUAUUUGAAUGACUCGAGUCGUGAGGAGAAUGUGGACGACGACGAUGGCGAAGAGCAGAGGACGCUGUAUUUAUUGGCACAGAAAGAGUCGUGGACAAUGGACGACACGACGUGUCCAAAUGGAGCACAGUUCAUUGCGCCGUGUCGAGCGGUUCCUGCUGCAACUGUUGACGUGAAUGUCCAAGAACGUACGUGGUGUGAGCCGGAGAUUGAGCUUGGGGUGAAGCUCUGGGUGAACAAAGCAUUUACUGCCACUGAGUCACGAAGCAGCGACUUGGAGUCGCCACCUAAUGUGUCGUCAAAGGUUGCGGUUGUCUUGGGUCUGUGUCUCGGCGUCUGCGUCCUCGUGAGUGUGCUGUUUCUCAUCAUGUGGCGUCGAGCCAAGAGCUGGUUGAAAAACGGUCUGCCUGAAAACGAGCACAAUACGUUUUUCGUGCAAGCGCACUCGUUCCAGAGCGAGCUGGCUCCGCUAGAAGAGAAUGGGGGCAGAACUGGAUCCGGACACUGUGCUGAGGAGAAUGAACUUUGCCCGUCGCUUAGUAAUGCAUUGCAGAUUGAAGCAAUAAACGAGAGCUUCCGGAUGCGAUCGCCAGAGCUCGCAGCUUUCUGUGAUGAUCAGGAGCUCAUGCUCAAGCGUAUUGCCUUUGCAGGUCUUGUGUACCGAAAACGAAUGGCAAGUGGACUGCAUGGUGAGGUCUGGCGCGGUGAGUACGAAGGACAGCAGGUCGCGAUCAAGCGCACCAAUGCAUCAGUUGCUGCAAUUACUGCCGCUGCAAGCGCAAGUCGAAGGUCGUCGUUAGCUUUGGAUGCUUCCGUACUGCUUAGUGACAAAGAGCUGAAGAUCCUCGUGGAUUUUACAAAAGAGAUUCGCAUGGCUGCGUUUUUGGACCACCCGAACAUUGUCCGUUUCGUUGGACUCUCGUGGCGUACACUGCCCGACCUAUGUAUGGUCUCAGAAUUUGUUGCACUUGGUGACCUUGCCCACUUUUUGGCCCAACCAAGUGGCAAGAAGCUCACAUGGAAGGAUGACAAGUUGGCUCUUGCGGCAGAUAUCUCCAACGCGCUGGUGUACUUGCACUCGCUGUCACCUGUAGUACUGCACCGCGAUCUAAAGUCGCUGAACAUUCUCCUCACCAAAGACCUACAGGCCAAGCUGAGCGACUUUGGACUAAGUCGGGAAACAAGUUUUGAUGGAACAAUGACCAGGUGUGUAGGGACUCCGCUUUGGACAGCGCCUGAGGUGUUACGCGGUGAGCGGUACUCUGAGAAGGCCGAUAUCUAUUCUUUCGGCGUUGUGCUUGCGGAGCUGGACACGUGUUUGCUUCCGUAUGCAUAUAGUCAGGGCCGACAAACUAAAGGCAAAAAUGACAGGGACUGGGUGCCGCUGAUUGCAAGUGGACACGCUACCCCUAUGUUCCGACCCGAUUGCCCGCGAGCACUUCACGAGCUUGCCGCACAGUGCCUCGAUCAAGACCCGAACAAGCGUCCACCAGCCAUGCAGAUUGUGUAUUUGCUCCGGUCGAAGAUCCCGCUCACGUUGUGA